CACACCUCUCGCGUGGGAGGACCACGCUGCCUUUAUAAGUGCACGUUGCAUUUCAGCGCGUCACUAUGUCAGUGCGUGAAAAAAAGGAAACCUUGAUAGGGCAGCGAAACCAAAGUGGAAUUUAUCACGUCCCGCGUCCAGUCUCCACAUGCGACCCACGGUGGGGUCGAACCCGUAAGUAGAACACUGCGUGCAUGAAAUAUCUGGCACCAGGCUCUCGUGUCCCACCGAGCAGGAAAAGUCCUCUGAGCAUCACAUCGUUGAGCCCAAACUUUGAUCGCCUCUCCGCAUCGGACUUAUUUUGGCGCACGUCUGCACGAGCGCGACCCCGUGCAGUGAUCCGACUUGUCAGCAAGAAACUUUUACUGCAGUGACUUCGCUCGGGACCAAACACAACGAAGAGCGAGUGACGAGGAAGAAGGAUAUCUGGGAAAUAGAUCAAGCGAAGGAGUGAGAGGACUGCAAAUUGCAAACGGGCUGCCGAGGUGAAGCAAGGACAAGACGCGCUCCAAAUUCAUCGGCUUCGAGUUUCAGCCACCGGGGGGCUCCUGCUAUUAAAGUGUGCAUUUGACCUGGGAUAAGUUGUCAACAAGGAGAGGGCGCAGACGCAAACCGGCAGGCGGACAAGCCGAUUUCCACGCACACGCGCAUAUCGACGCCGCUUUCUACAAGUUGGGAGAGGGAAGUUUUCGGCGCGCGCUGGAGCAGCCCCGCACACCGAGCAAGCAUAUUUCUGUCCCUAUAUUCUGCUUUGGCCGUGGGGACGGGAGCCGUCGCAUGGACUGACAUGGCCACCGACCUCGCCAUGAGCGCAGAGCUGCCCACCAGCCCCCUGGCCAUCGAGUACGUCAACGACUUCGACUUGAUGAAGUUCGAGGUGAAAAAAGAGCCCCCGGAGGCCGAACGCUACUGCCACCGCCUCCCGUCGGGCUCCCUCUCCUCCACCCCCAUCAGCACGCCCUGCUCCUCGGUGCCUUCUUCGCCCAGCUUCUGCGCCCCCAGCCCCGGCGCGCAGCCCGACCAGAGCCUCUCCAGCGGGGUCCCCAGCACCGGCAGCAGCAGCCACAACCACAACCACAACCACAACCACAACCACAGCAACGCGGGGAAGCCUCAGCUGGAGGACCUGUACUGGAUCCCCAGCUACCAGCACCACAUCGACCCCGAGGCGCUCAAUCUGACCCCGGAGGACGCGGUGGAGGCCCUCAUCGGCAACGCGCACCACCACCACCACCACCACCACCCGGCCUACGAGGGCUUCCGCGGCCAGCAGUACGCGGGGGAAGACCUGUCCGCGGCCUCGGCGGCACACCACCACCACCACCAUCACCACCACCACGCCCGCCUGGAGGAGCGCUUCUCCGACGAGCAGCUCGUCGGCAUGACCGUGCGGGAGCUCAACCGGCAGCUGCGCGGCUUCAGCAAGGAGGAGGUGAUCCGCCUCAAGCAGAAGAGGCGCACCCUGAAGAACCGCGGCUACGCGCAGUCGUGCCGCUUCAAGCGCGUCCAGCAGAGGCACAUGCUGGAGACCGAGAAGUGCACCCUCCAGAGUCAGGUGGAGCAGCUGAAGCAGGACGUGGCGCGCCUCGCCAAGGAGAGGGAUCUUUACAAGGAGAAGUACGAGAAGCUGGCCGGCCGGACCUACGGUGCGGCGGGCGGGCCCCCGAGCUCCAGAGAUCCGUCAGGGAAACAGGCCAACUUCUUCAUGUGAGAUAUAUAGAUAUAUACCCCCCCCCCCCCUCCCCCUCUUUCAUUUUGUUUACAGCAUUACAACAACUAGCAUUAGAUGCGCUUUACGCAGUCAUCCACGAGUCUGCAUUUUCAGUCUUAAAACUUCAUUCUGUAACCCUCCAACUUGUCUUUUUCAUGAUAUUGUGAGACAGAGGCACAUGGGGGGGGGGGGGGG